GGCCAAAGCCCAGCAGCCACGACAAUGUACCGUCCUUCACCGCGGGCCGCGGGUGGUACGCCAUCAAGCUCAAAUCACCUAUUUUCUCGGUCGCAGGAUGGCUUUUCGUUUCGACGAGCGUCAGCUUCCUCUUCACCUGAUAGAUCGCCUUUUCAAACAUCCCCAUAUUCGGCAGUUCACACUCCAAAGACAAGCUACUCGCCUCCCCGUACAGGCUUCUCACAAACCACUAUCUCAUCACAAGAGGAGCAACUGCAAAAUCGACCACAAUCUGGGACACCUUCGUCUGGAACUUGGAUUGCAAAUCCAGCUCAAAACCCUGCUAGUUCCGGGGACGCUCCAGCGUUGGAUUCUGUACCGCUCUCAUCGACAUCCCCACGACUUAGCCGGGAGCCCUAUUCGAAACUGGCAAAGGAACAGCAAUCUCCCUUGCGAUGGGAACAUCCCGCUGUCAAAGAGGUGUCGAAACGAUUUGCACAAGCUGGGUUCACUGAUCUAGACUAUCGAAAGCUUGUGUGGAACGGCUCCGUUCUCUUCGUAUUCUUGCUGAGCUAUCUGACAGGCUGGUACCGCUUUCUCCAGAACGCCCUUCCUGAACAGUGGUCCUGGGUGGCCUACUUACCGUUUGCGGGAGCAAUUCUUAUGGCGCUGAACGUUUACCAUCUGCUCGUGAAGUUCUUCGCCCCGCCAGACACGUUCGCUGAUUACGCGUUAAGUCCAGCCCAACGACGCAUGCUUGGGCUUAAUCCCGACACCCGAUCUCUCACAGAGAGCCAGAGAAAGUUUGCUGAUGUAAUCAAACCUCGCUUCGAAACGAAGAGCUCGCCGGCCCAGCGUCCCAGCCCAGUCUCCCCCGCGCAAAGAAGCCGCGAUCAUAUUCCCGCAACGCCAUCCUAUGCGUCCGCUCGCCGGCACCCGCGGUCUCAAACUGCUGUUCCCUCACCAGUGUCUCCUCUUGCGACGUACAGGCUGACCACGUCUCCAGCCGGUAUGCGCGCGGAGCCCGUCCGAGAUCGUCGCGCCUUAGAUGACAUGUUAGCAAUCCGUGAGCAUAGGGAUGGUGUCUCGACAGAAGGUGGCUGGCAAGAAGACAUAGGAUCGGGUGCCUCUGCAUUGUCGAUUGCAGCAUUAUCUACCCCAGCUGUACCGAAAUUCCAAGUGGCCUCGAAGACCUCCACGCCCUCUAAGGUCCAAGAGCGGAUUGAAGAUGGAAUUGUCGUGAAAGAGCCACAAAAGACAUUGGAUGAAUGGAAUGUUGGAAGCUACAUAGACGAGUGGACAGAAAAUGCCCGAAAGUGGCUUGCGACGAAAGUAGUGAAACCCCUCGCUCGAAGGAUAGAAUUAUCCGAUUACUAUUUUAGUGAACUUGGACUGGAUCAUCUCCAGUGCGGUUCAGCCACUAUGCAAGCGGGGCUAAUGGCUGCGAAUAUGGCGGCUAUGGAAGCAAUAACAGCUUCCACUACUGGAGCGCCGAAUUCAUCCCUCUUCGGUUCUACGUCUGUCUCUACUCAAUCUGUUGAUGGGAAGUACCCGACGCUCUAUGACAUCAGCCAGAAGCUUAGAAAGAAUCUGGUCGUUCAAGAGCGCUUGAAAUUGGAAAACCAUUUGACGCUCCCGGAAUUCAAUUGUCGUGGAUAUAUCGUCGAAAGAAUCAAAAUACUGGCCAAAGGUAACAACCUUGCUAUGUAUCAGUGGAACGGCGGCUCGGAUAUGGAAGGGAAGCCUUGGUCAAAUGACAAGCAACCCACAGAUGCGCAGCUCGUGAUGCACUUAUUCUGUCGGUUUAUGGAUGAGAUGAUGCCGGGAGAAAACUUUGCAACAUACGGCAACUUCCCUUUCAGCAGCAAAUUCUUUAUACCCAUUGGCUCAAAGCCAGGACCCUCUCACACCAUUCAGAUACGACACUACACCAAGUGGCCACCGCAUUUUCAUGUGGUGGUGGAGGGCACUGUAUAUGAUAUUUAUUCGGGGAGAAACGACGUUUUCCAUACGGUUUGCCUAUUUGCUCAUUAUAUCAGGGAGGAGGCUAGCGGAUACAUAGGUCUACUCAACGUUGGAGGCAAAGCCGUUGAGUUGACGUCCGUGGUGGAAGGAGGUCCCUCAACUGGACGGUUCAGCCGGUUAUCACGUCACCGAAGUCCACCAGGAGCAGGUGUUGAGUCGGAAUCCUUCCAUAGGAGCUCUAUGAGGGGCUCCCUCAGUCAAAGUCUGGCGGCGUCAGGAAGUUCUUUAGGGUAUAGCCUAAGGAGGUAUUAACGAAUGAGAGCCGACCGACAUGCGCAACCAAGCUGAUAGCGUCACAUGGCCUGUUCAUACCAGUUAGACUCGGCGACUGUCCUUCAAAGGGAGCUGAUGAUGAGAUGUGGCAUAAGGAAUGACAAAGCAAUCUAAUAAAGGCAGUUCUGGCCAGCUUGAUUAUGUACCCAUUCCACAGCA